AAAGGUCUUCAGAGGUUUAACGCUCAUUUGAAACCCUAUUUCCUGCGUCUUUUAGCGUUUUUACAGAUCAACACAUAGAAGUUCAGCAGAUGUAAACAUUUACGUCAAUCCCCUAUUCACAAAGGACGGUUUUUGCUCGUUCUUACCGGGGCCACAUUCAGUUGCCAAACGUUGUCGAACGUUGCAGACAGAAAUUAAAUUAAUAGAGCCGACAUGAGUCCUUGUUUACCAAGCCAGAGAAGCACGUUUCUUCUAUAUAUCACAUGUCUACCUGAAUGUUCCAAAACGCUGUGUCCCGAUGAACGCGCCCCUGCACUCAAUAUCUCCUGAGUGGGCCAAGGCAAUGGUACAGUCCACAGUCUUAGCUUGUUGAAUGGAAUUUGGGUCAUUCCACUGUAAGCUUUUCCUAUUCGGGUAAUAUGAGGAAUUUCUAUACAUUUUGAAUAGCUUCCAUUGAUAGACUUAGUUAAAAAUACCCAGACAAAWCGGAAAGAAUAAAAAACACUGUGGAAUGUCACACGACCUGACUUGUGGCUGGUAAGCGAAUGCGUAAUUAACGGAUCUCCACCUCUCCAAUCAGCCGGAGUGAGUGACUCCAGAAUCUAUUCGCAGCUGCUCUACUACCCUCCGCAUUUGGAACUGAACAGCUGCUAAAACGUUUGAACAAUUUUUCAGAAUGCGAACAGGGCAUGCUGUCAGACAGGGGCGAACCGGUGCUGUAUCUCAACCAGCAGAAUAAUGGCUGAGGACUAUUGGGAGAGCACACUGGCUUUGGGAUAUUUUUGCUAAGAUUACAAGGGCAUACGGGAUCUCGCGUCCUCGGAGAGCUUGAAUUGUGGCUACCCCUCCGCCCUCUGCGUCUCGGCCCCCGCCCUCCGCGUCUCGCCCCCCACCCUCCGCAUCUCGCCCCCCGCUGCCCCCUCUGAUGGACCGCAUGAGGAAGAUCAAGCGGCAGCUGUCCCUCACCCUGAGGGGGGGCAACAGUGGGGAUAAGACCAGCGAGACCAUCAGCCCUCAGGACACAGCGCACAGUCACAGUGACUCCGAGACCAUGUCAGUGCGGGGCAGUGGCACUGGCAGUUUGCGGGGUUCAGUGCGAGGCAGUGGUGGUGGAGGCUCGUUCAGCAUGCACUCCCUGCUCCAGUCGUACGGCUCCGCCCUGCGCCGACCACGCAGCCUGGGCCGCAGCCUCAGCUCCUAUCUCAACCACACCACACGCCUGGAGAUAGUCCAUGAAGAUGUGAAGAUCGGCUCUGACGGGGAGAGUGACCAGGUCUCGGCCACCUCUUCUGAUGAAGUACACAGUCCUGUCAGGGUCCGCCUCAGGAACAACUCUGUACGCAAGAUAUCCACCGAGGAUAUAAACAAGCGGUUGUCCUUGCCUGCGGACAUCCGUCUCCCAGAUGGCUACCUAGAGAAGUUCUGUCUGAACAGUCCUCUUUUUGACAAGCCUCUGAGCCGGAGGCUAAGGAGAGUCUCCCUGUCAGAGAUUGGCUUUGGGAAGCUGGAGACCUAUGUGAAGCUGGAUAAGCUAGGAGAGGGAACCUAUGCCACGGUAUACAAAGGGCGCAGCAAGCUGACUGACAACCUGGUGGCUCUGAAAGAGAUCCGAUUGGAGCAUGAGGAGGGGGCUCCCUGCACUGCCAUCAGAGAGGUGUCUCUGUUGAAGGAUCUGAAACACGCCAACAUAGUGACCCUCCACGACAUCAUCCACACGCAGAAGUCUCUCACGCUGGUCUUUGAGUACCUGGAUAAAGACCUUAAGCAGUAUCUGGAGGAUUGUGGCAACUCUAUCCACAUGCACAAUGUGAAGCUCUUCCUGUUCCAGCUGCUGCGUGGCCUCAACUACUGCCACCGCCGCAAAGUCCUCCACAGAGACCUCAAACCCCAGAACCUGCUCAUCAACGACCGCGGAGAGCUCAAACUGGCUGACUUUGGCCUGGCCCGGGCUAAGUCCAUUCCCACCAAGACCUACUCCAACGAGGUGGUGACGCUAUGGUACCGUCCCCCAGACAUCCUCCUAGGAAGCACUGACUACUCAACGCAGAUAGAUAUGUGGGGAGUGGGUUGUAUCUUCUAUGAGAUGUCUACAGGCCGCCCUCUGUUUCCUGGCUCCACAGUGGAGGAGGAGCUGCACUUCAUMUUUAAACUGCUAGGUACACCCAAUGAGACAUCCUGGCCUGGAAUCACCUCCAAUGAGGAAUUCAUCUCGUACAACUACCCCCGGUACAGAGCCGACUCUCUACGGAAUCACACACCAAGACUGGACAAUGAAGGAGUGGAACUGCUGUCCAAACUGCUGCAGUUUGAGGGAAAGAAGCGCAUCUCAGCAGAGGAGGCCAUGAGGCAUCCAUACUUCCACAGUCUGGGAGACCGAGUGAUCACACUGCCUGACACUACAUCAAUAUUUUCACUUCAAGACAUUCAGCUGGAGAAGGAGGCCGGAGGUAGAAGCAGCUCCUUGUCUGAUUCAGUGAACAGCAUAUCUCGACGACAGAGCCUGCUUUUCUGAGUGGAUUGAGAGAAAGACGGACGAACGAGAGGACGGGAAGCUGAGACAUUUCCGUGUGCGAUGAAGGGAUACAUAUUCAUCUUUAUACCUUUUGAAUUGUCAUUGUUGGUCCAUUUAGUGUUGAGAGGUUCACUAGCUGUUUACAUGUAAGACGAGGCUGAGGAGGAUACCUGUUUUUCUUCUUUGUUUGCUCUCAAUAUGCACUCUCUCCUCUAUAUAGAAACGUUUACUGUCAGACACACUUUUACCAUCACGUAUACUGUAAAUGCUGACGGGCAAAGAAAGCCUUACCAUUUUUCCUUGUAUAGCUAACUACUGUGAUCUUUAGUUUACAGGCUGACAUAAUUGCAGUCCUGUAUAAUUAAAUUUAGACAUGUCAGGACAUUCUUUGAAUGCAAUAAUCAUCACCCGUACAUUUUAAUGGAUUUGGACCAAAGUUUUCGACUCACUUAAAUUAUGCACAAUGCUAUUGUAAUACCCCUAGCUAGAACCUUUCAAAUUUGUAUUGUAUAAUACCACAAUGAAGGAAUAAUUUGAAAAAUGACAAGGCUUGAAUAAGUGUUGAUUAGAGUUGUCUUUUAACUGAGGGAGGAAUAAUACGGUGAGGCUGUAGUGUCUCACCUUGGUCUUCCACACUCCCAUUUCCACCACAGCAAGGUAUUACAGUCUGUCCCUCCCAUUUCCACCACAGCAAGGUAUUAGUCUGUCCCUCCCAGCUCCGUAAUCAUUGAAGGGGGAUAUUAGUUUAGUACCAGGUAGAUUAAUCCCAACAGUGUCAUGGUGGCAUUUGGGGGAAAUCGUCAUGUUGUAUUUAUUUAUUUAUUUUCAUACUGCUGUGCUUGGCUGAUACGGUACAAUGGUUUGAAAGAAAAAUGCGGCACUUCUGUUAUAUUUUCACACCACGUUUUGCAGUUCUCUGAGGAAUCCAUAGCACUUACAGGAAUUCUCCUCAUUCUUGCAGGAAUUCUGGAAUUUGGGGAACCGUUGYACCAAAAACCUGGAGAUGGACUUAUCUUUAUUGAUUAUAUAGACAUGCAUCCAAUACAAAUUGAGCUUCCACAGUGAAACAUCACAACCCUGAUAGGUUUAAUGACUCUUUAGGGCACAGGGUACAGUAUUGUUGGGUGUAAUGUAAUUGUGUUUACACAUCUACCUGUUUGGAGUGAAAGAGACAGUCUGAAAAUUGCCCCACUGUGUACAGAGUGAUGUGUGGUCUUCAUUCUGAGGAGAGUGAGAGAGUGCACCAGACACAGUGGCACUACUUUUACAUCGCCUGUAGUUAGCCCACCUAUUAACCAUGGCUGUUGUUCUAAAGCAGUGGUUCCCAACCUUUUAUCGUUUACCUUACCACCAACUGAAAAUUUUCUCUGCCGAAGUACCCCGUGUACAUUUUACCAGUAGGCCUAUGGUCUCAUGAGUCUUCUCAAGUACCCCCUGUGGAUAGGCCAAGUUCCCCUGGUUGGGAACCACUGUUCUAAAGCACUUCAGUAUGUGGAAUCUGUGAAAACCAAAGUGAACAUGCAUAAAACUGUCAUCUGAAAUUUCUGGCUCGUCAUUUUGAAUGGGGAUAGAUGAUGUGUUUCAAACCUCAAAUAACCAAAGUAUACAUUUUUGGAUUGAGGCGGUAACUUGGAGAGAAAUGCAGUUGGUUAUGAAUUCUCACCAUCUCAACCAUUGGGUUAGUUUGGUGGGUUGGGGUGUGAUCCUAGCAGCGAGAUGUUGUGAACUUAGUAAGUGUGAAUGAGUGAGCGUGUACCGUCUGGGUGCGUGUGUGUGUGUAUGAGAGAGCCAGAGUGAGAGAGUCAGACGGUCAGAGCAGAGGAUAUGUGUCGUGAAGCACGGCAAUGUUAUAUUGUGGAAAAAGAAUAUGGUAUGUUGUAAAUAACCUUCGAUUAUUUUACGGAAAUGAGCAGAGGACUGUGCAAUGAGAUGAGGAUACUCUUCUCAUUGUCAUUUUGAAGAUAAGAAUAUAGUUUUCUUACGAUGAUCAUUGAUUAUAUUGUUAUUGUGUUCUUAUUCUUUUAAUGAGAAAAGGUUUAUUUGUUCAUAGAAUACAUAAUCAGUGUAGAUAUUUGGAUUUUAUGUUUAUAAUUAGUUUUCUCUGAUGGUGAAAGGGGCUCUUCCAUAUACAUUGUCAUAAGAAGCAUGGAUAUGUUGCCAUGGAAGGGCUAAUAGGUUGUGGUCCUGAAGUCGCCUCUUGUCCCAUUUUAUAUUUCGCAAUAACUGUUGUACUCCGCAAUAACAAGUUGUACAGUACGUGAUCCCUGUCCAAAUUUACCAGUGGAUUGAAUACUUUAUAUCUAACACAAAAACAAUGAAGUCACAACUUUAAGUAGAACAAAAAAAUACUGGAGACUGUUUUAUUGCCCAUUGUCACUUUUACAUUUGGAUUCAAAUAGUGAGAUUUUGAUAUCACUGUUGACAAAGCGCUUCGUUUUUUUUAUUGAGCCAAGAAACAAGAAACUUCUUGUAGUUUUCAGUAUUGAUAAAACUGUUUGACAUUUCUUUAUAAAGCAAAACAAGUUCAAUUCUAAGGUGUAGUGUAUGUGCCGAGGUUAAGACGGUGUUCUUCAGUUGUCAAGGAGAGUUGAAUUACAGAUUGGACAAUGCAAUGUUACUUGGUUUUGAAGCAACUUUACCAUACAGCCCAGCAUAUCUAAUGGGCAUGUGAUGUGUUGAUGAGGUUGAAAAGGUAUGAACAUGUACUGUAAACUGGUGUGUGUGUAUACGUAUGUAGGUACUGUACUGUAAAACAUACAAUUUGAAAAGGAAUUUAAACAAACACAAGCAAUACAUUUGGCAAAUGUCUGAUGCAGAAGCCUGCCAAACAAGUUGGURCUCUGAUAGCAUUUAGGAAUGGCAUGUUAUGGGGAGGCUACAGUACACAGCAUUGUGAUAGGAUGUUCUUCCUUUAGUUGGUUGAGAAAACUGGGCCAUAUUCAGUAGGUAUAACACKACAGGAAGUUGCAGAGAUAAAUAGAAUGUAGCCUAUGGAGCAACCAACACAUUAGACUGACAUUUUUCUCUGACACGUUCUUCAUGGCUGCACCUCGGAAUAUGUUUUAGAUCUGUGUGUAUAUUGUAUGAAUAUGUAAAUGCUCAAGAUGUUUUGUGAAGAGAAUGUUUUGGUUGAUAGGCUCCGUCCACUGUGUGUCAAAACUGGAUUUGAAUAUUCAAAAGCUCUUUGGAUUGCGGCAAUAGUUAUUAUUUUUCCCAUCUGAGCAGCGGUUUGGAAAGGACUACAGUGUAAAUUGUCAAGUGAAAUACCACACCAUUAUGAACCUGUGGUUAUUAUAUCGGUGACACACUGAAAUACCACACCACCAUGAACCUGUGGUUAUUAUAUCGGUGACACACUGAAAUACCACACCAUCAUGAACCUGUGGUAUUAUAUCGGUGACACACUGAAAUACCACACCAUCAUGAACCUGUGUUAUUAUAUCGGUGACACACUGAAAUACCACACCAUCAUGAACCUGUGGUUAUUAUAUCGGUGACACACUGAAAUACCACACA